GACAUACAAACCGACGUCGUAUUAACUCCCUCUCCGCUCUCUCCAUAAAUAUUUUUCCCAAAAAAAAAAUAUUCAAAAUCCCUAAAACAGACUUCGAAAAUGGCAGAAGACACUGAAUCGAUCGACAGCUCCGCCGCAUCGCCGCCGUUGGACGCACAGAGCUCCACUGCAUUUCCCACCAUGGAAAACCAGACCUCCAAUGAUGCGAAGACAGAGGCGGAGAAGAUUACCGGAGGCGUCUCGCUCCGGAUUUGGCCGCCGACGCAGAAAACUCGCGACGCCGUUUUGAAACGCCUGAUCGAGACUCUGUCGACUCCUUCAAUUCUGUCGAAGAGGUACGGGACGCUUCCGUCGGAGGAUGCGACCUCCGUAGCGAAAGCGAUCGAGGAGGAGGCGUACGGCGUUGCCUCCGCUGGCGUUUCGGUUGAUGACGACGGGAUCGAGAUCCUUCAGGUUUAUUCCAAAGAGAUCAGCAAGCGCAUGCUGGAAUCUGUGAAGGGUCGGGCUCCGGCGAAGAUGGGUCAUGGAAAUGCUGGAUCGGCGGCGGAGUCCGGUGAAGAUGCCGGUGUGGGUUCUACUGAAGCCACCAAAGACGAUGCACCUCCCGAGUCGGAGAAGCCGGAGGCUUGAGUUCGGUGUAUCAUAUUCCCUUCUCUCUUUCUAGGGUUUGCUUUUGCUAGAUUCAUAUAAGAAUCUCAGGGUUUGAGAUGAGAUGUGUUCUUGUGAUGACUGGUGGAUUUCUCUUGCUUAUUUAUGGAGGUUUUUCCUAAUAUGCAUUUCUUCAGUGCCUGAUC